CCUUUUGUUUAUCUGCUUUUCGCCGAUAUUUUUGUUUUUAAUCCUUACCUUAUAUGCAUACGACGACGGCGGAUUCUUGGAGGGUACCUGAAGCUAAAAUGGAUGGUAAAAGUGUGGGAGGGGGUUGAGACUAAAUAAACUCCCCAGGUAUUAGGAAUCCGGGAGGGGCCGGCGAAUAAUAUUGACUGUGGGUUUUGCAAUGUCUUCAUAAGAAAGAGCUAAACAAACUCUUGACAGAGGUUAAUAGGACUGUCUGCACCUUAUCACCACUGGCAAAAAACGGAGACUCCUAUAUUUAUAUUCUCCUGAGGAUUUUCAUGGCUAGAUAUCGUGUGUCUGUUGGUCGAUGGUCCACUCGGUGUUGGACUGAAACAACUUACUUAACUUUGGUUGAAAAGCUUAAUGCCCAUUCCUCUGAAGCAAGGCAUCUCUUGUAUGGACUUCGACAACAAGGGUUACUACUUGGCAUCUGUAACAAAAUCAGGCUGCUUAACAAUUCAUGAUUUUGAAAACCUUUACUGUCAGAGUAAUCAACCACGUUCGAAGGAGGUUGAACCCAAACACGUGAUGCAUCGUUCCUCACCAGAUCAACUUGAUGUUGUUCGUUGGAAUGUUGCUUGCCAAAAUGAGGUUGUUUGUUCAUCUCUGAAGAGUAAUGUAAUAUCUGUGUUCGAUGUUGGCUGUCUUUCCUCCGAGCCAGUUGGAAUGUUAAGAACAAGGCAGUCUGUCAGCGUUCGCGGGUCCCGUGUACCGAGAGGUUUCUCUGACAUUACUUUCACCUCUACAGAUGCCUUAACGCUAAUUGCUUCUGAUACACAUGGUAGCAUAAAUUUAUGGGAUAGGAGAGCAAGUGUCUUUCCAUAUCUGGAGCUUACUACUGGUUCGCAUGAUUCUCUUAACAGUCUCCAAUUAAACAUUGAAAAUCAGACCAUCUUCGGGGCUGGUAAGAAAGGCAUGAUUUAUGUGUGGGAUAUUCGUGGAGGACGGACAGCUGGUGGUUUUCGAAAUCCUAGAGAGGUGCAAAAUCCUCCUCAUACGACUUUCAGGGUGGCUGCAAUGCUGGACGAAAUCGAGACUUUAAAGGCACAAUCAGACAUUGUUGCCAGGGAAGUACACUCGAUUGAUCUUGAUCCUUCUUGCCCAUAUCAAUUGGCAUUUCAUCUUGAUAAUUGCUGGUCUGGAGUUUUGGAUCUCUACAAUCUUCGUGUGACUCACAUGCACUGCCCUCCCCCAUCAUGGCUGAUGGGUGCUGAUAUAUCGAGCAAUUUAUUCUACUUGAGGAAACCGUCAUGGCUUCCAACAUAUUCGAUCUAUGUGGUUCCAUCAGUACCUGAAAAUGGAAUUCAUCUUCUGGAUUUCUUUCCAGAUGUCAGUUCCCCCAGUCAUGUGGACUACUUUGAAGAUAUGCGUAAGUCUUCCAAAGUUAGUAGCCGAACUAGGCGAAAUAGGUAUAUUCCUCUGUCUGAAGGUGUCACAGCAUGCGCUGCUCAUCCGGUCAAUGGUACCAUAAUUGCUGGAACGGAGCUUGCUUCACUGCUGGUACUAUCUCAAAAGCAUGAGAGGCUCUCAGGUGAAUGACGUUUGUUGAAGCCCCAAGGAAGAUGGUGUUCUGCUGGAAAUGAGCUCUAUGAUCCAGCGGUGGUGUUGAUUUAACUGAACAAGUUCGCGGAACAAAAUCUGCAUUAAACUCUCGUUGUGACCCUCCAAAACAGAGAAUCAAGUGGCUGCAGAAGGAUCCGACUUUCCGGGGAUGCUGGAGAAACAGAAGAUACAGAUAAGCGAUGAGCAUCGCAAAAUAAGCAUUACAUAGUUACAACUGUAAAUGUUAAGACUGUGGGAGUAGUUUCUUUAUUGACCUUUGUGAUAGCUCCUUUUAUGUUCUUAGCCAUACUGCGCAGUCAACUUGAGUGGUGUAUUCAGGGUCAUUGGAGAUAUUUAUACUUUGAGGUUUCUUCUAAUAAUAAAUGCAGGUUAGCCGAAAGGUUGCGAAACAA